AUGUCUAACCAAGAAACCAUGCAAGCCAUCGUCAUCUCCGCCUUUGGAGGCCCAGAAGUUCUACAGCACCAGACCGUCCCGAAGCCCGCCCCGACAUCGGGGGAAGUGCUUGUCCACGUGAAAGCAUUUGGCUUGAACCAUGCCGAAAUGCACAUGCGGAGAGGUGAAUGGGACGAAUGGAAUCCCAUCUCAGGCCUAGAAUGCGUGGGCAUUGUCGAGGCAGACCCCUCGGGCAAGUUCCAAAAAGGCGACCGAGUGAUCGGGGUAAUGGGUGGGAUGGGUCGAAACCGACCUGGUGGCUACGGGGAAUUCGUCAACGUCCCCAUGACAAAUGUGGUGCCAGUCAAGACCAACCUCCCUUGGGAACAACUCGCUGCUCUGCCCGAGGUAUAUGCCACGGCCUAUUCGUGCGUCUUCACUGUCCUUGAUCUGCAUAAGGGAGAACGGAUCCUCAUCCGUGGCGCGACAAGCACUAUCGGUCAAGCGUCCGUUCAUCUUGCCGUCAAUGCCGGGGCCAGAGUCACUGCCACCACGAGACGUCCAGGACGGUUCGACAUGCUGAAGAAGAUGGGUGUGGAAGACAUGGUCCUCGAGGAAAACCCGCUCAGCCAAAAAUUCCUCCCCGACCGCAAAUUCGACAAGACUCUCAAUUUGAUCGGCAAUGUCGCCCUCCUCGACUCCAUCCGUCUCACUCGCCCUGGCGGACGCAUGCUCCAAGCCGGGUGGUUGGGCGGCCUCGCGCCGGUCAAGGACUUCAACCCGAUGAUCGAGAUGGACCCCGGCGUGCACUUCAGCCUGUUCCACAGCAAGGUGCUCGGCACGGAGGAUUUUCCGCUCGCGAAUAUCCCCCUGCAGGAGAUUGCGGACAAGAUCGAGCGGGGCGAGUGGGACGCGAAGCCGACAUUCGUGUUCAGGUACAACGAGAUCCAGAAGGCACAUGAGUUGCUGCAAAGCCAUGACGCGGGCGGCAAGAUUGUGAUCACGCAUGGAGAGUGA